GGUGCUGAGCAGACAGAGGUGACGAGGACAAUGUGGGCAGGACCCUUCCGGUCAGAGAAAGGAGUUGCACGGGUAGAAAAAGAAGAUUGGAUGACCCCGUAGGCUGAAUUGGAAACUAGGAGGUUCUGCGACGGCUGGCCUGUAAACCCUUCCUGGUGUCAAGGGCAUGAGAGUCGGGAAUGUUCCAGCCCGAAGGAGACUGAGGCAGCGCGACAGCUGAACACAGCGCAUGAUGCGCACGUGGACCCUCCUGCUGGGAAAGUCACUGUGGGGACAGCCCUGCUUGGGGUCCUGAGCAGUGGCUGGCAGUCAUGGACCACUGCUCGUGGCCUGGCUUCGUAGUGCCCUUGGUUCUGUGGGGGACACACGGGGAAGUGUCCCAGGUACGGGGUGCCAGGUUAGCGAGUUAUUCUCACAUGAUUCCGGGAAAGGGUCCUUUGUGUUAUUCUAACCUUUCUGUAACUGAUCGCUUCAGAAUUAGAAGCCAAACUAUUGAGCGCCUCACUGAGGGAGUAACCGCCACAGAGAAAGUGUCCCCUCUUCAGCGCGCGAGGGGUGUGGAUGGGGAGGCCCCCGUGAAGGACUGGUGUGUCCCACGCUUGCUGGCUUUGUGGUGACUUUUAAACAGCACACAUCCAUUUUACCCCUCCUGUGCAUAUACAUGUCAUACUUAAAAAUGAGGGGCUCUGUGAGUUUUCCCUUAUGUGGGGUACACGGAACAGGGCCAUCUGGGAGCGGGGCUGUCCUGUCCUGGAGGGCAGGGCCGGCGUCCUCGUCACUUACCCUCAGCACCUGCGAGACACUCGGCUGUCAGGAGCCGUUGACAUUCCAUAGGGUGAGUAUUCAGUGUUGCGGGAGGUUUACUGUUUCAGGUCCUUUGCACACAGCUCCCAGUCUUGCUCCCGGGCAGCAGGCAGGCUGGGAGGCCGGGGCCGCGCCUGCUGCGGGGCCGCGUGGUGAGUGGCGUGAGAAAGUGGGGUCCGUCAGUUCACUGUUUGCCUCAAAAACCCGCUGCGAGAUUCUCUGCACCGGCCGCUUUGCUUUAGUCUCCGUUUGAUGUUCAGGUUUAAACUGAGCUACAAGUAAGUAAACUUAUUCUGCCAAUUUGACUCUUUUUAGGGGGCCAUGAUACUGUCGAGGCUGUUCUCAGCAAGACCGCGGACCGUGUUGGAGGGCGCGGGGCGCCAGCUGCCGUCCACCCUGGCUGGCCCUGCACCCGGCCGGCGCCCCCCGCGGCAGGCUGCUCCCCGGCUGCUCUCGGCGGGCCACGCAGACUGCACCAAGCAUCAGGAGCCCCCCAGGAAGAAGCUGCUCUCCGAAAAAAAGCUGAAAAGGCACUUCGUAGACCAGCGCAGGGUGCUCGUGCGCGGGGGGAACGGAGGUGCUGGCGCAAGCUGCUUCCACAGCGAGCCACGGAAGGAGUUCGGAGGCCCGGACGGUGGGGAUGGAGGUGACGGCGGCCACGUCAUCCUGAGAGUUGACCAGCAAGUCAAGUCUCUCUCGGCGGUCCUGUCCCAGUACCAGGGUUUCCACGGAGAAGACGGCGGCAGGAAGAACUGCUUUGGGCGAGGUGGAGCUGUCCUCUACAUCCGGGUCCCCGUGGGCACCUUGGUGAAGGAAGGAGGUGAUGUCGUGGCAGACCUGUCGCGCCCGGGUGAGGAGUACGUCGCGGCGCUGGGGGGUGCGGGAGGAAAAGGCAACCGCUUCUUCCUGGCCAACGACAACCGUGCCCCCGUGACCUGUACCCCUGGACAGCCGGGUCAGGAGCGAGUUCUCCACCUGGAGCUCAAGACAGUGGCCCACGCUGGGAUGGUUGGCUUCCCCAACGCCGGGAAGUCCUCGCUGCUGCGAGCCAUCUCGAACGCCAGACCGGCCGUGGCUGCCUACCCGUUCACCACCCUGAACCCGCACGUCGGCAUCAUCCACUACGAAGGCCACCAGCAAGUUGCAGUGGCAGACAUCCCUGGCAUCAUCCGAGGUGCCCACCAGAACAGGGGCCUGGGCUUCGCCUUCCUCAGACACAUUGAGCGCUGCCGGUGCCUCCUGUUCCUCGUGGACCUUUCCCUGCCGGAGCCGUGGACGCAGGUUGAGGAUUUAAAAUACGAGCUGGAGAAGUACGAGGCGGGCCUGUCCCAGAGACCCCAUGUCAUUGUCGCAAAUAAGAUCGACCUCCCCCAGGCCCGGGCCAGCCUCCCCCUGCUGCAGGAGCGCCUGGGACAGGAUGUCAUCGCGCUGUCGGCAAUGACCGGGGAGAACCUGGAGCUGCUGCUGCUGCGCCUGAAGGUGCUGCACGACGCCGACGCGGAGGCUGAGCUGCGCCAGGGCCGCCAGCCGCUCCGGUGGUAGCCGGGGCGCUGCCGUCACCAGCCCCCGAGGACCAGGAGCUGGCGCAGGGCGCGGGUACCGUGUCCGCGGAAGGCAGCGCGGCCUCCAGGCCCCACACAGGCACACCCGAGUGUAAACCGUCAGUGGCUUUGAGUGUGUAAGAGAAGGCGCUUUGUGAACGUCUGGGCGUCCGUGCUUCUGGCUCCUGCGUCACCUUGGGGCCCCCCAUCAGUGCCCCCGACCCUCUGGCCUGAGAUUCCCUGGGGUGGUGGAACUUUCUGUGCCCCCAACUCCCAGCCUGCCACACCCCUUGUGUUGCACCCCUGUCACCUGCUGAUUUGCUGGGGUUGACUCAUCUGUGCUACUGUCACUCCUAAGCAGGGCCAGCACUGCUGCUGCCGGACACUGCCAGGUGCUGCUGUGCGGGGGCUCCCGGGGGGCCCAACAGGAGGGCGUGGCAGAGCCCAGGGCCAGGGUGCAGACCCUCAGCACUGUGCCCUCUCUGCCCUGGCUUGCUGCGGAGGUGGACCUCUGGGUUCCACAGUGGGAUCGGGUCUGCCCGCCCACCCAGCAGCCCUGCCGGGCAGCAAGGCCCAGGCCAGUGUCUUGGGGCUGCGCCCUGCUGCGUGAGGGGCCCUAAGGACAGGAAGCAUUUCCCCGCCAGGGCAGCAGCAGGUGCGGCUCUGUGCUUUCCUCGGAUGUCGCCGUCUGAGGAGAGCAGGAAGGGCCAGCUCCUUCCUGUUCUCAGAACGCCGCGCUGCGCCAGCCGCAUGCCAAGAAGCCUGGCGGCUUCGCGGCUGAAUGCACCCAGCGUCUGACCCGGCCGCGCCGAUCCUGGCUCAGCUUCAGCAUGUGCACGUGAGGUGUUAGCCGGAGGGGCGCAUGCCCUGGCGUUGUCAGCGAUAUUCCCAACAGGUGGCUGCGGCACGCACAGGUGUGGUUGGUGCCUCACGCCCGAGAACACGGGGCUGCAGCUCCACUCGGCUCCCUGUGCUGUAAUUUGAGGAGAACCCUCGUCCUGGGCCAGGUGGUUACCUAGCCUCACCGGAUCUCGUGGGGAACGAGUCCAGCCGUCUUCCUGAGGCUGGGCAGCAGCUGCAGGAGUCUUGUGUUUGCCCCUGAAGCGGCCGCGCGGUAGAAAGUGGCCUCUUUCCUGCGUGUGGGUGAAGUCUGCGGCCACCACAAAGGACUUGUAGAGUCAAACCAGGCCUGAGAGCGUCAAUUACCUGUGGCUUUCAUCUUCCUGCUGGGCACUCAGGGUGCCGCCCCGCCCCCACCACGGAGCCCCCAGCCUGGCCUCCCCGCAGGUUAAAGCCCUUGCGGCCUCCCUCGUCAGACUGUUCUGGGGACCCGCCAGCUGUCCUUUGCUGAGCUUUCAUCCCCACGUGGGGAGUCACAGGCACUGAGGUUGCUCGAAAUUCUGCUUACUGCAGAAGCCACGCGGCAGGCAUUUGCCACCGUGCUUUAAGAGCUGAUCGUUUUUCUCUCUACCACUCUCUUGUCUAAGGUGGUAAAGCUAGACUCAGUUUCCCCACAGAGUUUUCUGGUUCCCAUCUUUUUGGUUUAGAAACAAGUUUUUGCCACAGUCUUUUUAAAAUUGAGAUAUAUAAUUCACAUAGUAUAAAAUCCACCCCUUUAAAGUGUACAAUUUGGUGGCUUUGGUAUAUUCAGAAGGUUGUGCAACCAUCACCACCAUUCCAGAACAUUUUCAUCACCGCAGAAACCCUGUCCCGAGUGGCAGUCACUGCCCACCCCACCGCCGGUCCCCGGCACCCACUAGCCCACGUGCCGUCCCCAUGGAUUUAUCUGUCUGAGUGGAGGCUCAGCCGUUGCUGAGGGGGUCAGAGCUGCCUUCCUGAGUCCGCAGAGUGCUCGCAGGUGGGGGGCGGUCCCUGCUCUCGGCACCCACAGGGCGCUCGGGCUGCCCCUGGGCACAGGGUCUUGGUCCUGUUCCUGACUGUGCCCCUGCAGCCUCAGAGGACCCGGCGCAGAGAAGGCGACCGGUGAAUACUGGUGGGAUGAACAGGUAGGGGUGGCUGGGAUGGGGUGUGUUUAGGUUUCUCUGAGUUUGAAACUAUUUUUAGAAGGCAAGUGUGCUAAAAGACUCACACUGAAAAACAACAGUCCCUUAUUUGUUUUUUGAGACGGGGUCUUGCCGUGUUGUCCAGGCUGGUCUUGAACUUCUGGGAUUACAGGCUUGAGCGCCGCACCUGGCCCGGCCCCUGUUUCAAAUAAAGUUUCACCUGCCAUGCGUCAGUCUCUCCCCCCGGAUCCCGCUGUGCGCCGUCGCCUGUGCCUGCUGUUUGCGCGAGAACUGGUCUCCGCUUGGGCACAGGCGGGCGUGCCCACCCAGAGGCCCUGCUCCGUCAGGCUGCGGGGGGCAGAGUUGGUGUCCUGCUGGAAGAUAUUUGUCUACUCCCUAGCAGCCUCCUAGGGCUGCCCUGGCAAAGUGCCACAAACUGGGUGGCUUCAAACUCCAGACGUUGGUUCCCCCGUGGGAAGGGCAGUGCUCCCUGCGGAGGCUCUUCUGGCUGCAGGUGUCUCUCGGCUUGUGGCCGCCUCGCUCUGCCUCCGCCUCCUUCAUGUGGCCUCCCCAUGUCUGUGUCCUCAUCUCAGGGACACCCGUCGUUGGAGCUAGGCCAGCUCUAAACCAGGAGGAUCAGCUGGGCGCGGUGGCUCUCUCCAGUAAUCCCAGCACUCUGGGAGGCCGCGGCGGGAGGAUCACUUGAGCUCAGGAGUUCGAGACCAGCCUGAUCCCAUAGGACUUGGAGUCUAAUGGGCAGAAAGGCUCCGUGUGGGAAGAUGGGAAGUCCUGGAGACGGAUGCUGGUGAUGCAGCACAGGAGCACGCGUGUGCUUAGUGCCCUGGACGGUGCGCUUAGCGGUGGCUAAGACUCGCGUGAUCCACAGUGGUCUCAGGUGAAAGGAAAGUGCGGCCGUGAGGGAGGCCCGCCCUCUGACACAGCCGCGGGCAGCGCCAGGCAGGAUCAGCCCUCACUGUCCCUGGGACCCGUCCCCAGCCCAGCACUCCUGAUGCACGUUUGCUGGAGGAACGAGCAGCCUCCAGCCUCCACGCUGCCCACCCAGGCCCCAGACCUGCCGAGCUCGUGCUGUCCACCUGCUGUUGGGCUGGGAAGUGUCCCCCAGCACCUCUGCCUGGCGUGUCCUCAGGAAGGCCCCUCCGGCCCUAGGGACGGGCCAGCGGCUGGCAAAGGCCUGGGAAAGCCCUAAGGUGUUGGGGGGGAGAUUGAAAACUUCCCUAACAGCCCCUCCCCAUACCAAAAGUGCAUACGGUAAGGAACUUCCUUGCCCCCCCCACCCCGCCACCAGGACAGCCCGUAGGUGGACCCCGGGCUGGCCCUCCAACCAGCUGCCCUCCCUGGCAUACCCCUGGGUGCCACCGCAGCCAGUCCCCCUCCCGGAGCCGGUGGACAUGUGCCCGGGGUCUGCCUUCCACGUGGCUCUGGGCCCCUGCAGGAGCCUGCCCUGGGCCAGCCCUCGGGGCCAGUGGGGGGUCGGCAUCCACAGGUGAUUAGAGGCAUGUCUUGAAGGGCCGGUUCCAGGCCCAGGAAACAUCGUGUGGCCCCCACAGAGCUGCUGGCCUACGGGGGGCUCUCACCUCCUGGCAAAUCUGGGAUCCUCUGUGAGGUCAGUGCCUGGCCCAGGGCCCAGCGCGUGGCAGGAGUCGGGAAAGCCUGCAGACACUGUCCACACCCUCUUCAGCCCUUAGUGUGUCUCCCUGUCUGAAAUCCUUGCAUUAGAAUAUAACCCUUUGGAUUUAAAGUUUGUCUUCUGUUAAAAUGUAACUCUCCGCCUCACCCGGGAAUAGUCAGUCCAUCACACUUUAGUGUGAAUUAAUGGAUUGGACGGACAAGGGACAGUUGGUUUCUGGGACAAAGCAGAUAAUAGCCCAGAGAAGGCCCUCAGCUGACAAGAAGCCCGUGGUCCUGAUUCGCUGGGAACUGGCAGUUCUGCCAAGCCGUGGGAUUGGGCCCCGGGAGGAGGGCAGAGGGCAGGUGCAUCCCCCUCCACUGAGCUGCUCCGAACUUGGGUGGCCGGAGACUCCAAAGAUGGCCCGGCGUGGACAGCAGAGGCGUGUGAAGAUUGUCAGGUGUGGCGGGUUUGCAUUUGGAAACCAGUGGCUUUGGAGCGGCACAAAGGUGUUUCUAACCUGGUGGCAGUCCUUCAACGUCCCCUCCCUCGUCUCCUCACCCCCAGAUCCCGUCCUUCCCUUCUCUCCUUUCUGUUUCUGAGGGUGUGUUUGUGUCUCGCAGAGCAGGGUGCCGCUCCGGACACAACGCCUGCUUCCUUGGGAGCUGGGGUGACGAGUGCUGUCUGGGCGCCUUGUCUGCGGUCCCUGACUCAGCGCGGGCUCAGCGAGGGCCGAGGCUGCUUUCCCAGCCCCUGUGACAGCACCCCAGAGCACACAGUGGCGCUCAAUCGCGGCUUCCUGCUAGAAUCACAGAGCUGAGGUCUGGUUCCGAGGCUCAGAGUCCUUCCAGCCGUCCCACUCUGCUCUCCACCGUGGGGGCACCCCUGCCAGCCGCAGCGCACAGAGGUGACGAGGCCUGGACGCUGUCCCCGGGAGAGCGCCCUGUGCAGGGAGACCAGCUUCCCGCGGCACCCGACGCGGCAGGUGCUCGGGGAGCCGGGAUGCGGCGGGAGGAGCGCGAUGGGAGGUGCCAGCCUCGUGGGUCUCCCGUCUGCAGAGAGGACAGUGCAGGAACCCCGGGGACCGGGGCGCGCGGCCUGGGCCUGGCGCCAGGACCAGCCGCAUAAGUGUUGGCGGAAGGUUCUUCACACCCCAAGCCCAGCCACGAGUGCUGGGAUGGGAUGGGGACACAGAGGGGCAGUGGCCGGACAGCCACGUGGCCCCCACACCUCAGGGCUCUGGAAGCCUUGCCUGGGGGACCCCAGCCAUCCCUGUCAUGACCCUGGCUCCCCAGUAACGUGACCUUUUGCAGAAGGACGGGGGUGGGUUUGUCUGCUGGGCUCCCUGAGAGCUCAGGGUCUUUAACCCCGGCUGGGAGGGACCCUCACCGGGCAUGAGCCCAGAGUCUGCCCCUAGGGGCACCCAGACCCAGAGCCAGCAGCAGGGCAGGUGACUAGGCUGGACUUGCACAGCCAGUGCCCACCCCUGAGGGCCUGGCCAGGAGGGCCCUAGGGACCCGUGCUGGCCCCAAGCCUGGGGCCUACAGGUGGGCCCUGCUGGGUGGGCAGGCUGCCCACGUGCACGCAGGGCAGCAUCCUGUGUCCUGGGCACUGCCACCUUCGCAGGCGUAGUGGCUGGCUGGCUGUGGGUCUGCCUCCAGCAGCUCAGGGGCAGCCCCGUGCUGUUCCCGGCACAGCCUGGCACCGAGUAGGUGCCCGGUAAGCGAGGCGGCCGGGUGGGCAGCUGCCGGGUGCAGCCUUGUCUCUGAGACUCCGGCUCGAGGAGAAAGGCCCCUGCGUGUGUGUUUGCUGCAGAACGUGGGCCCAGUGGGCUUGGUGUCUUUCUCCUCCACCCCGCAUAGCAGCUCCAGGGAGCGGCACUUUCCAGAGAUUGAAGGCAAAAUUGCUUGAAAGCCUGUGCUUUUAUCCUCCAAUUUGUAGCCAUUUAGCUGGGCCGGGUGGAGGGGCAGCCAGGGCUCCGGCUGGGCUCUUGGCGCAGAAGCACCCAUGGCCGCAGAGACGGUGCUUUGUGCUUUGCCAGACAGCUCCAGCCUGCGGGACCCGCACCCACUGCGGGGCCAGGCUGGGGGGUGCGGGGUCUCCUGGGGGCCGGUGUCUGGCCUGCCGGAGGAGCCACGGGGCCUCCAGAGACAGGAGGGGCUCAGCCCUAAAGGUGACCCCUGCCACCACUGCUCCAGCCCUGGGCACACCCGGGCUGGGACGGAAUUAAUGGUGGGAGGCCCAGGUGUCCCCAGACUCACCUCCCUCUGGUCACUAAGGAAGGGCCCUCAUGUCUUCUGCCUAAGAAGAGGGUCCUGCCUCAAUCACGGGGGUCCCCUGGGCGUCUGGGGGAGUGAGAGCGGGGGCAGGCUGGAGCUUUGGAUUCUGGGGGAAGUUUUCCGGGAAGUUUGGGAAAUAAAAGUGCAGCCGCAGCUGUGGGGUGUGAGGAGAGGCCUGGAGCCCGAGGGGUUUUACCGAUAGUUCCCCUCCACAGCGUGGGGGGCAGAGUUGCCGGGCAAUGGUGCUUGUGUGCGGGGCCAUGCUGCCUCGUCCAGGUGGACCUGGCACCUGGCCGGGGGUGUGCCCAGGGUCCCGCAUGGCGCAGCAGCACCGUUGGGCGGGAGUGAGGGUCAGAGGGAGAAGGGCCCUCCAGGCUGGAGCGGGGACUCCCGGAGGGGUUGGCACCCGGCCCCCCAAGUUUGCAUCUCACUUAAGGGGGCUUGUCCUGUUUGCAAGUGGCCUCUGAGCACCUGGGUGGGGGCAGGCGUCUGCCUCCCCCGUGCAGGCCCCUGGGACCCGCGUAGCUGCCCUUAGGACAGAGGGCUCACGGCCAAGCUCGCGGAGGAGGGCACCGUCCCCCUUCCACGCUCCACCCUCCUCCCAGUGUCCCCAUCUCGCGCCCUCAGCCCCACCUCCAGGCCUCGCCUAGGCUGGCUUCUCUACCAAAGACAAGACCGCCCAGCCCAGCCCCCACACCCGGGGCGUGCCCCUGCAGUCCUGCCCCCCCCCACCCCGGCUCCGCACACAUGGGGUGGGCCAAGAUCCCAGGCCCGAGGUCUCGCCAGGGUGCAGCCGGGAAGGCCGACGAGCAUCCCGUCCUGCAUCCUCCGGGCUGCAGUGGGCCCCCACCCUCCAGCAGGAGCAUCUCCUCACCCUCGGGGUCUGGAGAGCUCGGGAGUCCCGUGAGCCCCUUCUGGGAUUAAGCCCUGCUGGGGCAGGUUGUCUCUGCCCGCGGCAGCCCCCGCUUAGAUGGAGACACCGAGCCCCGGGCCUCUCUCCAGCUGCUGGGAGGUCUCUCUCCUCCCUGGGGUCCUUGACCGAAGCACAGGGGCUGUGACUGCCCCAACAAGGUCCUUAGGAAUCAGCACCAAUAAAAAAAUACACUUUAUUGUGAUCUCAGGGUUUGCAGGGUGCGUAGCGGGCACGUGGUGGUGGCGCAUGCAGGCUGCCUGGCACGGGUGCACAGAACACGGAAGCGGCCCCUCUCUGGGCGUCCCCCAGGCCUGCUCUCCUGCUGACUGCCCUGCCAGCCUCAGGACCCCGAGGGCACGGCCGGGUCCCCUCCUCCCCAGUAAUCCCCCAGAAGUCCGGGCUGAGCAGAUGGAAAGGCUGGGGCAGGCUCUGGCAGGACCACAGGGCAGGCUCCGGCCAAUCUCCAGCCGCCAGGGCCCAGCGCCCCGGGCCGGGGGCGGAGCGGGCAGCAGCAGCUGGUGCAGCUCAGCCGGAAGCGCAGCAGAGGGAGGAGGGCGUGGGAGCCCACACCUGCCAAUCCAGCCCUGAGCUCCUCAGCAAUUCUGUCUCUCUUGAUUAAACAUCCAAGGAACAUCAA